GCUGGCUGGCGUGGGAUAAGGGAAGAACAGAAGAAGCACCAGUGAGGACAUGGAUCACUGUACUUUCACUAGACCGUGAAGAUCAGGUUAAUGUAUUAUGUCAUGUUUAUUGAUUUAUGAAUAUUGAACCAUCUCUCAGGAUAAAGACUUCGGGGAAAAUUGAGCACCUGUUUUGAAUUAAUUAUGCUGGUAUCCAACAAUACGUAUGUAGCCCCCCAAUAUUUUAUUCUUAAUGGAAUUCCUGGUCUGGAGAGAGUACAUGUGUGGAUCUCCCUCCCACUCUGCACGAUGUAUAUCAUCUCCCUCGUGGGAAACCUUGGCCUUGUGUAUCUCAUUUUUUGUGAAGAGUCUUUGCAUCGUCCAAUGUAUUUCUUUUUGGCCAUGCUCUCCCUCAUUGACCUCCUUACCUGCACCACCACUCUACCCAAGGCACUCUGCAUCUUCUGGUUCAAUCUCAAGGAGAUUAACUUCCAUGCUUGCUUAGUACAGAUGUUCUUUGUCCAUGGGUUCACAGGUGUGGAGUCUGGCGUGCUCAUGCUCAUGGCUCUGGAUCGCUAUGUGGCCAUUUGCUACCCACUGCGUUAUGCUGCCAUACUGACUAACCCUAUCAUUGUCAAGGCUGGGCUUGCCACCUUCUUGAGGGGUGUGUUGCUGAUGAUGCCUUUCCCAUUCUUGGUCAAACGUCUGCCAUUCUGCCAAAGCAAUAUCAUCUCCCAUACCUAUUGUGACCACAUGUCUGUGGUAAAGUUAUCCUGUGCUAGCAUCAAAGUCAAUAUCAUCUAUGGUCUGAUGGUUGCCCUCCUGAUUGGGGUGUUCGACAUUUGCUGUAUAUCUGUUUCUUACACUAUGAUCCUCCGGGCAGUGGUCAGUCUCUCAUCAUCAGAUGCUCGACAGAAAGCCUUUAGCACGUGCACUGCUCAUAUAUCUGCCAUCAUCAUCACCUAUGUUCCAGCAUUAUUUACUUUGUUUACUCACCGUUUUGGGGGACACACCAUUCCCCCUUCUAUUCAUAUCAUUGUUGCUAAUCUUUAUCUUCUGCUUCCCCCAACAUUGAACCCUAUUGUUUAUGGGGUAAAGACAAAGCAAAUCCGAGACAGUGUCAUAAAGUUCUUGCAGGGUAAUAAAGGUGCAAGUUCUUCAAAAACAACUUAAAUGAAACAGAAAAAAGAUGAAGGAAAAUUAAAAAGAAAGAACUCACCUUAAUCCUAUGUUCACACAUGUGUGAUAUACAUUUUCCAUUAACUCUCAUAAAUUGUGUUUUCUGAAACUAUAUUGGAGAAAUAAACAACUAAUCUUGCUUUUGUGUCUCAUUGCCUUUCCCAAC